AUGGGACAUUACGUCACGCUUGCCACAUGCAACCUAAACCAAUGGGCUUUGGACUUUGAAGGAAACAGAGACAGGAUAGUUGCCAGUAUAGUUGAGGCUAAAAAGCAAGGAGCAAAACUCAGAGUUGGGCCGGAAUUGGAAAUUUGCGGUUAUGGUUGUUUAGAUCACUUUGACGAGAACGACUUAUAUGAGCAUAGCUGGGAGGUAUACGCUGAGAUUAUUUCAAAUCCAGAGACAUAUGGGAUCUUACUAGACAUUGGGAUCCCCGUUAUCCACAAGUCUAUAAAGUACAAUUGCCGUAUCAUCUCCUACAAUGGCAAAAUACUAUUGAUCAGACCAAAGGUAUUCCUCGCAAACAAUGGUAACUACAGGGAGAUGAGAUACUUUACCCCUUGGAAUAGACCAAAAUACUACGAGGAUCACUACCUUCCCCGCAACAUCAUGAAGGUGACUGGCCAAUCAAAGGUGACGUUUGGUGAUUGUGUGAUUGAAACCAUGGACACUAAGCUCGGGUGCGAGACCUGUGAAGAACUUUUCACGCCGGACUCGCCGCACAUUGCCAUGAGCUUGGAUGGUGUCGAGAUAUUUACAAAUUCUAGUGGAUCGCAUCAUGAGUUGAGAAAAUUGGAUACAAGAUUGCAUUUAAUCACCAACGCAACGAAAAAGUGUGGUGGUGUCUACUUGUAUGCAAAUCAAAGGGGGUGUGAUGGAGAUAGGUUGUAUUACGACGGAUGUGCCUGUAUUGUGGUAAAUGGCCAGUUGCUAGCCCAAGCCUCCCAAUUUUCGUUAAACGAUGUCGAGGUCGUCAGUGCGACUAUAGAUCUUGAUGAUGUCCGGUCAUACAGAAACCAAAAGUCAGCAGGUAUGCAAGCAGUGGGCCAGGAGAAACCCUACAAGGCCAUUUAUGCGGACCUCGAGCUUUCCCCCAGCGAAAAUGUAUACGACCCAAAUGUGUCACCCACUGGUCCACAAAAAAUAAAAUACCACUCUCCCGAGGAGGAAAUUGCUUAUGGACCCGCUUGCUGGCUUUGGGACUAUUUGAGGAGGUCAAAGUGUGGUGGCUAUUUCCUUCCCUUGAGUGGGGGUAUUGAUUCUUGCGCGACUGCAGUGAUUGUCCACCUGAUGUGCAGAUUGGUUGUGGCAUCUAAAGAUGAGCAAGUCUUAGCUGAUGUUAGAAGUCUCACUCGCGAUUCCAGCUUUACUCCCAAAACCCCACAAGAGGUGGCAAAGAAAAUAUUUUGCACGUCGUUUAUGGGAACCGAAAACUCAUCCACAGAGACCAGAACUAGAGCAAAAGUCUUGGCCGAAAAAAUAGGAUCCUACCAUGUAGACUUGAAUAUGGACAAUCUUGUCGCCGCUGUUGUUUCCUUGUUUGAGGUUGCCACAGGCAAGAAACCAAUGUUUAAGAUAUUUGGAGGGUCGCAAACAGAAAACUUGGCUUUGCAAAACAUACAAGCGAGGUUGCGCAGUGCUAAUGUCGAUGAGUGUCUUCGUGGGUACUUGACCAAGUACGACUGCUCGUCUGCCGAUGUCAACCCCAUCGGAGGAAUUUCCAAAACGGAUUUGAAAAGGUUUAUUGCUUGGGCAGAAAAGGAAUUUGAGUUGCCUAUAUUACACGACUUUAUAACUGCUACGCCAACUGCUGAACUCGAGCCCAUCACAAAAGACUAUGUCCAGAGCGAUGAAGUAGACAUGGGAAUGACUUAUGACGAGUUGUCACGUUUUGGUACGUUGAGAAAAGUGGACAAGUGCGGCCCAUUAGCAAUGUUUGUCAAGUUGUACCAUGAAUGGUCUCAACCACCAUAUAAUUUAACGGCUGAGCAGGUGGCAGAGAAGGUAAAGAGAUUUUGGUUCUUUUAUGCAGUCAACAGGCACAAAAUGACGACCAUGACACCUGCAUAUCAUGCCGAGCAGUACUCUCCUGAUGACAAUAGGUUUGAUUUGAGGCCUUUCCUAAUUAACCCAAGAUUUCCCUACGCAAGUAAAAAGAUUGAUGAAGUUGUGGAACAAAUCAAUGAGAGACGCGAAGAAAUCAGACGCAACAACGUUAGCGUAGAUUGA